AUGCCAGAACGUUAUUUGAAAAAUACGUUAACACAUCCAAAUAUUAAUGAUUGUGAUCCUGCAAAAAUCGAAAAAUUUAUUAGAUACGGUGUUGAAAAAAUUCUUUCAAAAUUUCCGGCCACUUAUGAUGGUCGUGAUUAUGAUGUGUUUGUUGGAUACGGAGGAAUUGCUUUCAUGUUUUUUCAUUUACAUCAAUUAUUCCCUGAUUUAACAAUCGCUGGGGACAAUGUAUUUCUUUUAUGCUCCACAUAUCUAUCAGCCUCAUUAUCUGCAGUUCAAAAUACUUCUCCAAAACAUGUAGGAUUUAUAGGUAGCCAUAUAGGACCACUGGCGUUGGCCGUUGUAGUUUAUGAAACCAUUGAAAAAAACACAUCUGAAUCUUUGAAAUAUCUUGACACUAUUCUUGAUAAAUAUCAUUCAUUAUCAUUACAAGAAAAUUCAAAUGAAUUAUUAUAUGGUCGAGCUGGGUAUCUUUAUGCAUUAAUUUUCAUUCGAAAAUAUUGUAAAGAUAACGAAGAAAUCAUGUUAAGAAUUGGAAAUGAUAAAUUAAAUGAAAUUAUCGAGUUAAUUAUUAAAGAUGGCAGAGAUGGUGCAAAACAACUUACUGUUAAUGAUAAGGUUACGAGACCAGCCUUAAUGUGGAGUUGGCAUAAUUCAGAAUAUAUUGGUGCUAUACAUGGUGUUGCCGGAAUCAUCACUAUCAUCCUUCAAUGUGGUGAAUUAGCUAUCCCUUAUUUGGAUGAAUUAUUCCAAACAAUUGAAUGGCUUAUAGGAAUAGUCCAAAUGAAUCAAAACUAUCCUGCACGAAUACAAUCAACUCACGAUGACCUUAUUCAGUUUUGCCAUGGUGCUCCAGGAAUAAUAAUUUCACUUUUAAAAAUUUAUUCUUUAUAUCCGACUCAUGUUUCAUCAAAGAAUAUUCUUCUGAAUGCAAUUUCUAAAGUUGAUUUGGUCUGGGAACGUGGAAUUUUGAAAAAAGGCGUAACAGGUCUUUGUCAUAAUACUCUUGGUAAUGCUUAUACUUUUCUGUUGGCUUAUCUUGUUACGCGAGAUGAUAUUCAACUUAAAAGGGCAUUAGCACUUGGUUUAUAUGGAGGUGAAUGGGAAGUAGAAACUCAUAAGGGUGAAGUACGAGUUCCUGAUCAUCCUUGGAGUCUUUUUGAAGGUCUUGGUGGCGGUGUGAUUUAUUGGUCUGAUCUUGUGUUUGUAUUGAAAAAUGUUAAGCAGUUAGAUGUAAAUAGCGGAUCAAUUACACAAGGAAAAGUUAUUGGAUUUCCUUGUUUCACUGAUUUGUAG